GUGAGCCCUCGCUUCGUCACACUCGAUCUUCGGCUGCUUCGAGGUGCGGCUCUGCGGCUGCGCGUCAACUCUGAAAAGUUCACUAUUGAGUGGUUUGGCGGCUGAACGACGCGUAGACACCUGAGCAGGUCGGUUCCAACGUUCUUUAAAGGUUUCAAGGUCUUCAGUUCUUGCAGUGGACCGGAGUCAUGUCCUCCGGUAAGAACAAGACCCAGACAUCUCUGGUCCUCCAUAAGGUGAUCAUGGUGGGCAGUGGGGGUGUGGGGAAGUCGGCGUUGACCCUGCAGUUCAUGUACGAUGAGUUCGUGGAGGACUACGAGCCCACCAAGGCCGACAGCUACCGCAAGAAGGUGGUGCUGGACGGCGAGGACGUCCAGAUCGACAUCCUGGACACGGCGGGGCAGGAGGACUACGCCGCCAUCAGGGACAACUACUUCAGGAGCGGAGAGGGCUUCCUGCUCGUCUUCUCCAUCACCGAGCACGAGUCCUUCAGCGCCACGUCCGAGUUCAGGGAGCAGAUCCUCCGGGUGAAGGAGGAGGAAGUCAUCCCUCUGCUGGUCGUUGGAAACAAGUCAGACCUGGAAGAGCGACGGCAGGUUUCAGCCGAGGAGGCGGCGGCGAAGGCCGGCGAGUGGAACGUCCAGUACGUGGAGACGUCGGCCAAGACCAGAGCCAACGUCGACAAGGUGUUCUUCGACCUCAUGAGGGAGGUCCGCAAGAAGAAAAUGUCCGAGAGCAAAGACAAGAACGGGCCGAGUGGCAAGAAGAAGAAGAAGCACUGCUGCUUACUUUAACGCCUGAGGGCUGCAGCCGUCCAAUCAGCAGCCAGGGAGGAGGUCAGAUGAUCACCUGUAUGAAAACACACAUGUACAGAAAACAUCCACUAAAGCAUGAAGACGCUGGAACCCUCUGAACCACCGGCAGCUGAAAGAAAAAAAAAAAAAAAAAAAAGCCAGAAACUGUAAAAAAUUCACCAGACGUUGAACUUUCCAACAGUCCUCGAACGUGUCACGUGUAGCUUCAGGUUCCAUUCGGAAAAUUCAUUGAAAUAUUGCAACAUUUAAUCAAAAUUGCUUUAUUCUUCAUGCGCUGAUUAAAAAAAUUGACAAAAAUAAACGCUUUACUGUGAAAAUAUUCUGUAAAAAGCAAAAAAUUCUUCACUCUUUGGUGGAACCGUGAAGCCAUCAGCGACUCAGCUGUGAUUAAUGGUCGUGUUAAAAAAAAUUCAGAACGUUUUCAGCUGAACUGCAGCCAAUGUAGAUGGAAUGGAAGCAAAUUGACAUGUAAAUAGUUAAAAAUCACCAAAUUCUAGAGCCAACGCUUAAAUCCCUAGUGUUCGUGGACACGUAGACAUGUCGAUUCCAUGUUUUUUUUAUUUUGUGGAAUAAAUAAUCAAAGAAUUUCAACUUUUUUUCAGGAUUGGUUGCGUUUAAACUCCAUCAAACUGCUCAGAAAACAUUUCUGAGUUCUCUUCUUCUAGACUUUAUAUUUCAGAGAAUAAAAACCGCUGCUGGGAGUUCAGAUUGUUGACGUUCAGCCGUCUACACUGAAAAAACUGAAUAAUUCACCAGAUACUGAACUUUCCAACAGUCCUCGAACAUGUCAUGCUUCAGGUUUCUUUGGGAAAAUCCAUCAUAAUAUCACAACAUUUCAUCAAAAUAGCUUUUUCCUUCAUGCGCUGAUUAAAAAAAUCGCCAAAAGUCAGCACUUUGCUGUGAAAACUUUCUGUAAAAACCUAAAAAUUCGAUGCAACCGUGAAGCCGUCAGUGACUCAGCUGUGAUUAACGCUCGUGUUCCAAAAAUUCAGAAUGUUUUCAGCUGAACUGCAGGCUGUAGAGGGAAUGGAAGAAUUUUAAUUUCAAGUGUUCAUGGACACUUUUACACAUCGAUUUGAGUAAAUAAACCGAGAAAUUCAACUUUUUUUUCAUGAUUCGUUGCGUUUAAACUCCAUCAAACUGCUCAGAAGACAUUUCUGGUUCUCUCUACUUCUAGACUUUAUAUUUUAUUUAAUAAAAGCUGCUGCUGGGAGUUCAGAGGGUCGACGUUCAGCCGUCUACACUGAAAAAACCUCCUCAGACAGAAUGAAAACAGGAAAGUCCACAAACCGUUUGUCUGAACCCGAGUCCAGGACGAACAGGUUGAGGAUAGAAACCCUACAGAUGCUCCCAGAGCUCCUGCCGCCUCGUAGGAAACGUCUUCGUGCCUUCAAACUCUCCAGUAUUCUCAGAAGUUUCCUCUGAAAAGCCAAAAGCGUCUCGUCUCUGAGUCUGUCGUCAGUGUUUCCUCACAUUCCUCGUUUCUAAUUAAGACACUUCCAAACACUCCUUUUGUACGAAGCUUCGUCCUCACCUCCCACCAGUGGAAACUAAUUUAUAGAAGACCUCUAAAGGGAAUAUUUAAACACCGCGUGGCUUCGUUACACUGUCGGACUUUAAACGUGUUUGUGUCGACUUUAUAGACAAACUGUUUGAUAAUAAAAGACCGACUGAUCACGA